UCUCAUUUCUGUGAUGGAUUAUCUCUUUGGUAUGAGCCCUCUGGUUUUAGCAUUGGCGACUCUGUGUUUCGCUGCUGUUGCAAUCAAAAUCCAUGGCAGAACUGACAAGAGAAGAAGAUACCACCCAGUUGCUGGCACUGUGUUGGACCAUCUGUUCAACUAUCACACGCUGCUGGAUUUCAUCACUGAGCUCGCAAGGCAGAGGAAAACUUACAGGAUGCUUAGCUUCAUGAGGGCUGAGGUUUACACUGCAGAUCCAGCUAAUAUUGAGCACUUUCUCUCUGGAAACUUUGCAAACUACGGCAAGGGUUGGUAUCACCAUAGUGUUUUGAGCGAUCUUCUGGGUGAUGGUAUAUUCACAGUGGAUGGAGUGAAGUGGAAACAUCAGAGGAAGGCAGCAAGCUACCAAUUCUCCACCAGGUUAUUGAAAGACUUCAGCAGUUCAGUGUUUAGAACCAACGCAAUAAAGCUUGUAGGGAUAGUCUCAAAAGCUGCAAUCUCAAACAACACUGUUGAGCUGCAAGAUUUGUUCAUGAAGUCAGCUUUAGAUUCAGUAUUUAAGGUUGUGCUUGGUGUAGAACUAGACACCAUGUGUGGAACCUAUGAAGAAGGUACUCGGUUCUCCAAUGCUUUUGAUGAAGCAAGCACAGUUACCAUGUACAGGUAUGUAGACGUUUUUUGGAAGAUCAAGCGACACCUGAACAUUGGAUCAGAAGCAAUACUUAAAGACAACGUAAGAGUAGUAGACCAGUUUGUGUAUAAAGUAAUCAGAACCAAAAUUCAGCAAGUCCAAAAGCAACAAGAUGAUUCUCCUGUGGUGAAUGGUGAUAUGUUGUCAAGGUUUAUUGAACUGAAAGAGACAGAUCCAAAAUACCUUAAAGACAUAAUCCUGAGUUUCAUCAUAGCUGGGAAAGAUACAACAGGAAGCACUCUUUCCUGGUUUGUUUAUCUGCUCUGCAAGCAUCCCCAUAUACAGGAAAAGAUUGCACAAGAAAUCUUGGAGGCAACAAAAGUACGAGGUGACGUGACGGCCGAAGAACUUGCAGCUAGAUUAACUGAAGAUGCCCUUGAAAAAAUGCAGUAUCUGCACGCAACUCUGACUGAAACACUAAGGCUUUACCCAGCAAUUCCACUGGAAGGCAAGUACUGUUUCUCGGACGACAUAUUGCCAGAUGGAUUUAAUGUGAGGAAAGGUGAUCUCAUGGUAUUCUGUCCUUAUGCCAUGGGAAGGAUGAAGUACUUAUGGGGUGAUGAUGCUGAGUUAUUUAGGCCAGAGAGAUGGUUUGAUCAUAAUGGAAUUUUCCAGCAAGAGAGCUCUUUCAAGCUCACUGCCUUUCAGGCAGGACCAAGAAUUUGCCUGGGAAAGGAGUUUGCAUACAGACAGAUGAAGAUAUUUGCUGCAGUUCUUUUGGGUUGCUUCAAAUUGGAACUGGCAGAUCAAAUGCAAUCAGCAAAAAACAGGAGCAUGCUUACUUUACAAAUUGAUGGUGGUCUUCAUGUCGUUGCUUCUCACAGAUCAAAGCUUUGAUCCUUCUGGCCUCUUAGAGAUAUAUAUCCCCUCAGUUUCUUUGGCUGCUUCAUUGCUACCAACGGUUUUAAAACAGAUAUUCAUGAAGCAUAUUCUUAUUUAAAUAAAUUGCACACAAACCCUUCUUAAAAGUGCUUCGUAUACUUGUGUUGAUAUUAAAGGGCUCCUUUGGGAUCGUCAAAGGUAAUCCCAAAUAACUGGAUAAAAAUUUGGAUAUGCAUUAUUUGUUAUAACUUUAUUGUCAUAAUGAUAAUUAUUAUGUUUUAUCCGAGGACUUUGGGAAGGAAUAAUAGACGAGAAGUCAUGUAUGUCCCGUUGUGAAAUACAUUUGUGGUUCCUUAGUGUUUACGAUAUUAAAAAUAACUUCAA